AUGCCGGAGCAAGAGGAAAUGGCUCUACAACCGCAGGAUAGUGAAAAAUUGGAAAGCACAGACAAGACAGAAGAAGUAAAUCACAACUAUCAGGAAACUGCCCGUGAAUGUGAAAAUUCCGCCGAGAGACUGAAUAUGAAGCGAAAAGUCAAUGUCAUCUUACAAGAAACACAAAUGCUGAACACUUGCACAUUUAUUUUCGUUGAAUCAGAAUACAUGCUCAAUGAAAACAUGAAGCAAGGAAUGCCAGUUAUUUGGGAAAAAAGUAUUACCUCUACAGAAUACCCCGUCGAAGACGAAAGCAGUGACAAUUCCGAAGACACACAGGAAAUCCUUUUGCCUUCGGUGGGAGAUUCUCCUACCAAAACCUGCUGCUGCGAAUUCUCGCGCCUGCUUCAAUGA